UAGGCAUGAAUCAAGCGGGCCUUGCUGAGUGUAUUGUUCGUGCUGCACAAGCCUGUCAUCCAUAUAUUCAACCUGUGCUUUAUCAGAGCAUCAUCUUGACAGGCGGAAGCACGUUGUUCCCUCGGUUCGCUGAAAGAUUGCAGAGAGAACUUCGGCCUCUUGUGCCCGAGGAGUACCAGGUGAAGAUAAUCUCUCAAGAGAACCCAAUUCUUGGUGUCUGGAGAGGAGGAUCUGUCCUGGCAUCCAGCCCCGAUUUCGAGUCGAUGUGCGUUACGAAAUCGGAGUACGAGGAGAUGGGGUCGGCACGGUGCCGCCGAAGAUUCUUCCACUGAAGAGUUGCUCAGUAGAUAGAACAAUGUAGCCUAUUUUAGAUGGCAUGUUUAGCAAGUGCCAUGCGAAU